AUUUUUUAAAUGUUAUAAAACACUUUUUAUUAAUUUAUGAGGGCGAUGCUUCGAUUAUUUCUCAAAAUAACAAUAUGUGUACUGUACACUGUACUGUCAUUAUCGAUAGUAAUGGCGGGAAAACACACAAACAAUACGUUAGCCGGUAUUGUUUAUUCCUUGUCAGAUGUAAGUUAAUUCUGUCUUGCCUAAGGGUUAUUUAUUUUCUCUACGAUAUCUUUUAUUUCGAAAUGAAGACUGAAAAAGCCAUCAAAAACCUGGAAGCUGAAAACGUUUCAUCUGAAAAAAAAAUUGUAAAAGGCCAAAGAAGAACUCUUAGGCCUUUACAGAAGGCUGCAGGUGAUAAAGAAAAUUUAGUUGGUGCUGGCUUGUCUGCCAAGCAAAUGCCUGGUAAAGAAGUGAAAGAAGUAACUAUAGUGGUAGCUGAUUCCAAAGUUGUUAAAAGAACGAAAACAAUUAAACCAAAUAGCCAAAAACCAGUUAUAACUGAAGAAGAUUUAACAUCAGAAGAUGGACCAAGUGAGGGCUAUUGGGAAAUCUUAGCUGAACGUAGACGUGUUGCUCUUGAUGCUGCUCUAAAAGAAAAUGAAGAAUUGCAUCAAAGAAUCGCUUUGUUGGAAGAAGAAAAUGCUCAAUGUAAACUGUUGUUGGAUGAAACUAGACAUCUAGUUGAAACAUUAACGGAAGUUAUUAAUGAACAACCUGCUGCUGAUGAGACUGAAGAUGCAGAAGAAUGAAUUUUCUUAUUCAAUUUAAAAACCAAAGAAAUAUUUUUUAAUAUUAAUUACUGUUAAGCGUUUGAAAUUAUUUGAAUCUGGUCUCAAAUAGAGUGAUAUUACAUUUUCUCAUUUCUCUGGCAUUUCUAUUAGCUGUUUUUUAAAAUGGUAUUUGUUAACGGUAAAAUAAAUAUCAAACAAGUGUUUCAUAUGUAUUUUUUUCCGUUAUCAUUUUGUUUUUCACCUAGUUAAUUUUCUUCUUAGAAAAUUAUAGUAAAAGUAUAAAUUUGAAGGCACCUGUUUCUGUUUAUUUCCUUACUAUCUAUUUUAGUGAGGGGAAAAACAGAUUUUUGUUGUAUCAACUUGUACAAUUUAUUUUUUAAUGUACUGGGUGUACAUACUUUGUAAAUCUGUUGGGAUUGUUCUUUCAUAUUUGACUUAUUCUUGAGUAGAGUAAAAAGUCCAUGUACCUUUUAUUUAAACAGAAAAAAAAAUUGUUUCUUGCUGACCAGAAUU